UCUAUUCUUUCUUUCGUUCUUGCCUUAAUUAUCUCUCUCAAUGGCUUGCUUCUCUUUAAACCUCUCAGCUCUUCACAUGUUCAGACCAUGCGUAUAUAUUCCUCAAAUCGUUGCAAAUCCAUUGCAGCAUCAGAAUCGUAAAAUCAAGAUCUUAGCUUGCCAAGCUAAUCAAAAUCUUGACCAAUCGUCCACAACGGAAAAAUCUGUUGCUGAGCUUGGCAAUAGCAAAGGAACAAGUUCCCCAAAUGGUGUUCCCCCUAAAUUCCCAAGCAAGGAUUUCAAGAAGAAAAUUGCCAUUGUUUCCUUUUUAGGAGCUCUGGGACUUUUAUUAUCUUCAAGGCUUCACUUCUUUGGUGUUCCUAUGAAGGAUCACUGUGCUCAUGCAUUACCAUCCAAAGAGGCUCGGCCCAAUGGGAAGUUCACUGUGGUGGAGUUUAAUGCAGAUUGGUGUGAAGUACGUGGGGAAUUAGCUCCUGAUGUGUACGAAGUAGAGUAGCAGUAUAACACCACCGAGUGUGUGUGAAUCAACUGACCUGACUUAACAAGUGGUCUCGAGUUGAACUCCUAAGUAUGCAGUUGUAUUAAAUAUUUGAAAGAAAAGUUUAACCUUCUAUAAUAAUUCAAUCCGACUUAAACAAGAUUGUUUCGACUGAAGGAUUACAUGUGAUUUAGAAAAAAGAGUAACAGUAUAAUAAUGGCUACUAUUGCUGUAGACAACCUUUUGCAUAAUUUCUCAAAUUAUUGAACUUUUUGUAACUUUUCAUGUGCAAUAAUUUACUAUCUAUCUUGAUUCCA